AUGCUCGCUGCUGCCGUGGCUGGGCUGACACGGCCACGGCCGGAGCGCCCGCCCCGGGAGGAGCCGGCGGGAGGAGCGGGAGAAAGGAGGUGGAGUGAGGAGCCAGAGAGAGGAGCGGGAGGAGGCGGCCAGAGGAGCAGGGGGAGGCGGUCAGAGGAGCGGGAGGAGGAGGUCAGAGGAGGAAAGAGGCGGCCAGAGGAGCGGGAGGAGGCGGUCAGAGGAGGAAAGAGGCGGUCAGAGGAGCGGGAGGAGGCGGUCAGAGGAGGAAAGAGGCGGUCAGAGGAGCGGGAGGAGGCGGUCAGAGGAGGAAAGAGGCGGUCAGAGGAGCGGGAGGAGGCGGUCAGAGGAGCGGGAGGAGGAGGACAGAGAACACAGGCCAGAAGACAGGCCUGCAGCACCGGGGGUGUUCAUGGCCUGCUGCACCGCUGCCUUUGGGAGCCUGGCGCCUGUCCGACCGUGCCUCUCCGUGGGUUACUGUCACUAAUGGGAUGUUCUCGAGUACAAUGUCCUCGGACAACUGUGUGCUGCUGCCAGACCGCUAUCAGGAGCAGGGCCAGAGCAACAGGAACAGCUCUCUCAGCAGGGCCUGAAUUUUCUGACACAUAAAUUGCAUUUAUGUGCUAGCGAGUAUCCUCCAGAUUGUCAUGCCAGCCCUCUCCAUCCUUACUAUCAAUGUAGUAUGAUGA